GAACGCAAACAACUCGCAAAAACAUGAAGACCUACUUGCUCGUGGCUUUCCUCGCGGUCGGUUCGGUCGCCCAGCAGACCGCUCAACAAUCGGACGACUUCGCUCAAGAAACGCCAUACGAGUACGCCUACACUGCGGAAUCCGACGAAGGUUCACACGGCCACUCAGAGAAGUUCGAUGGCAUCGGCCGCGCCGAGGGCAACUAUUUCCUCAAGUUGGCCGACGGACGCGAACGACAUGUGUCCUACACAGCGGACGAGAACGGAUUCCAUCCCGAAAUACAGACGAACGAAUUGGGAACCGAAUCGAAGAACCCCGCCGAUGCGAUCAUCAUCUCUUCGGCACCGUCAGGACCCGAUGCCGCUAUCGAGGCAUACGGUGGGACAUUCCCGGAGAACUUGAGUCAAGCUCCUGUCAGAACCGCUGCGCCGUUCUCAAACAUCCCUCAGGCACCCGCCAACCGUCGCACGAGUCGUUCCCAAUGAAACGUUUCUUUGUGAGCGGAAUGCACCAACAAUUGGCCGGAACAGAAUAGCCAUAGAAUCACCAGAGAUGAAAUUCUUCGAUGGAUGGGAAGCUGCAUAUAUUCAUUCCUGAGUCAGGACGAGAGAUGAGAGCGAUACGAAAGGAGAUUCCAUUGCGAGAAAUGAAUGAAUAAAUGCCGAUUUUAACUAAAUUCGGGUCGCUUCGGGCCAAAAACAAC